CUUUGUCCUGGGCGCGCAGAGGGGAGCUGCGGGUGUGUGCGACUCGAGGUGACUCAGCCCCGGGACCCCCAGGGGGGGAGUUGGGAAGUCCCCGGGAGGGGCUGGCGUUGUCGGCUCAGCAACCGCUCUGGAUUGAGAACGAAAUCGCCGUGGACUCCGGUCACAGGCUUGCGGGGCGCGGGCAGGGGGUGCCUGGGGAGAGCGUCACAUUUGGGGGCAGCCGGAUGGGGACCCCCGUGCGGUUAAGGAUCCUCGGAUCCCACGCAGCAGGCGGGCGUAGAGUACCGAACGGGCGACCCCCGAGUUGAGGCGGGGGGAAGCGGUGCCCAGCGUCUGCGGCUUAGCGCGGGUUGGGGGCGGGGGGAUGCCGCCGACCGCGGGACCCAGGCUGGGCCAGGAGAUCGAAAAAGAAAGUUUGCUUGCUUGCCUCUCUAGUUGUCCCUCGGCCCCAGGGUGCAAAUCUAAAGAGCUGCCCCGGCUGGGGCGCGGGCGAUUGGGAGCCCAGGAACAGCCCAUCUUUUCCUGCGGUCCCCCUUUUGCAGAAGCAGGCGUGGGAGGGAGGACAGCCGUUUUGUCCCGCGGGCCACUGGGCUCCGCCGACUGGGGCGGGCCGGGGCGCAGCCCGCGGGACACCCGGCUGGGGCGGGCGGCUGUCGGCGUCAGCCGCACCCCGGUUCCGCGUCGGCUUUCCAGCCCGCCCUCCAUUUGGCGAGGCUUUCUCCUGCGCGCCUACUGUGCGCACGCGGGCUGCCCCCUGCGCGCUGGGGGGCGCUCUGCAGCCCCGGCUCCCGGGGCCGCGACCCUCCCUCGCCGCCCUCUGCCCCUGUUCCCGAGGGCGGGCGCCCCGGGUCAGAUCAGGCUGUGUGCUUGCAAACUGUGCUUCAGGAAUCGGUUCUGGGGUACCUCCCUGUUUGGCAACAGGGUUUUUCCCCUGUUGUAGCCAGCCCCUGCCCUCGGUCACAUGCCGCCGCCUCUUCCUCCGCGGUGCCGGGAGCCCGCGUUUUGUUUGUCAGCAGUAAAGCGGUGAGUAUUUAUAGACGCCGCUGCAGUCCUGCGGUAUGUAAGGUUUCAAUUACUGCGAUGCGCCCCACAAGACGGAAGGCUCACGCGCGGCAGCUCAGAGGCACGUUUACAACGGAGACCCGCAUGGAAAAAAACUCUGUGCUGGAGUCUCCGGGCAUCCCUCCUGGGGCGGGGUUCUGGACCUGUUGCCCGCGUGCAAAUUCAAAUGGCCCACGGGGAGGACCAAAGCAGUCAAGGACGCCGAUGGUCCACACUGCCUCCAUAGUCUGCCCUGCUUCCCCUCAAACGGUGCUCGCGGAUCAAGCCUCGAACACUGCCUUUUUCGACCUCCCUUUGGUAAUCCUGACCACCGUGGGUUGCUGUCAUGACAUUUCGUUGGCCUACACGCUGCAGAAUGUCCCAGUGCUGCUCUCUGGGGAAAGGCUGCUCUUGACACCAUAAAGCAGCAAGUGGAUCAGGAGGGGAAAUGGAGCUUGCAGAAGCUAAUUUAGCCACACAUUAAAUUUAGCCCCUGGUGAGUUCUCUACCGCUGAGAAAGGUGACUGAGAAAGGUGUGGUGGGACCCUCCUCUCCGUGGAACCUGACUGGUAGGUUUUCUCUGGUGGCAGCGUGGAGCCCUUCUAAGCCACGAAGGGUGCUGUUGAGAGCUUUUUCUACAGGAAUCUAGCAGAUACAGGAAACAGUGCUUGAUCAAUCCACAAAAUCGUCUUCAGUGUUUCCAACCACAACCAUUGAUUGUCCUUUUGGGAUUUUAUUAAUGCUUCUUCUAACGUCCAGAACCACGAAUAGUGUAAAAAAGAAAGGCCUUAGCAAUGAGCUAGUCUAACUGGUUUAUUUCUCUAGAGCCUAGUUGAGACUACCAUGUUUCUCAACGAGAAGACCUCAUUUCGUUCACAACCAGAAGUUCACGCAUAUGUAUUUAUUUCAGUGGGUGAGAUUUCAAUAAUGGUUAUUAUUUGAACAUUAUACAGAUGUUCCCUUUAUUUAAAAAAGGAGGAAGGGGACAAACACCUCUUGAGUUCUUAUUAUGUCUUAAACUUGGCCCUAAGAGACAUUGACGAUGUUGUAUAAUCUGCACCAAAACAAUGUUUAGGUAGGUGCUAUUAUAUCUCCAUGACUAUAACAAUGAGCCCACUGAGGCUUAGAGAACUUGGGUAGUUUGUUCAAAGUCACACACAUGCAGGGGUGGAGCUUAGGGUGAGUUCUGGGUCUGCUACUCCAGGCUUAUAGUGGCAGCCAGUAUUGGAGAUGACUUUCCCUCCAGUUCCUCAGCUGUUAAUUAGAUCAUCUUAUGGUCGAAUAACUUGGUGGCUUUUUCUUUCUUUUUCUCUGUGUCGCAUAAUAUCACAGAAUGGCUCAAUUGUUGAAGAAAAAAAAAUCCUAAUCUUACAUUUAGAAAACUGUUCCACUGCUAUUGACAAUUUCAUUCUGGGAGCCCAGACCCCAAUGUCAUAAUCUUCAGUGUGUUCACUAACAGUGUGUGUGCAACAUUUAAACCAUUUAUCUGUGGAAAAUUGGAUUGUUGGGACUUUAUGGAUUUCUUCAUUAUUUCUCUUUUCUAAUUACUUCCUGUGGUCAUUCCUUUUGUAGUGCCCUUGUACAAGAUCAAGUAUACUGAAAUCUUUCUUGAAUUUCAGAUUGAAUUGAAUUGAACUGACUUUUUCCUAUACUGAAAUCUUUCUUGAAUUUCAGAUUGAAUUGAAUUGAACUGACUUUUUCCCUUUAAUUGUUUUUGCAGAGCUAGACCAAUACAGAAUUGAUUUGAGAAAUAGAGUGUGGGCCCCUCAAAGAUCCCUACUGUGUUUAAUGUUUGCCAUUAAAAGUUUGUUCUCUAGGGGCGCCUGGGUGGCUCAGUCGGUUAAGCCUCUGACUUCAGCUCGGGUCACGAUCUCUCGGUCCGUGAGUUUGAGCCCUGCAUCGGGCUCUGGGCUCUGGGCUGAUGGCUCGGAGCCUGGAGCCUGGAGCCUGCUUCCGAUUCUGUGUCUCCCUCUCUCUCUGCCCCUCCCCCGUUCAUGCUCUGUCUCUCUCUGUCUCAAAAAUAAAUAAAACGUUAAAAAAAAAUUAAAAAAAAAAAAGUUUGUUCUCUAGAACUGCCUCUCUAUAUGCAAAUGUUAAAAGUAAUGCUUGCUGAAAAGUAUCAUCUGUUAACAAGUCGGUGUGAAUAUCUGUAUUGCUGAAGGAAGGUUGAGAACACAAUAUUUUGUGGAUUUUAUACUGGGUUAGGAAUUUGGGAACAGAGAGAGCGAUAUCCUGAUAAGCAGAAAGCACGUUUUUACAAAGGAAGAUUGCACUUUGGAACCAGAAAAGAGGUUGGGAGUGCAAAUGAUGCAAAGCAGUGAUGAGACAACAGAGGUGAACUUGAGCUAAUUAACAUUUUUGUCAGGGACUGGUGAUCCAAGGUUUACUUUGAAACUUACUCAGUUAAAACAAACAAGCCAACUUAUGUAUUGGGCAACUAUUAUGAGCCAGGUACAAUCAUGGUAAUGUUAUUUGAGCCUCUCAGCAACGCAAGCAGGUGAAUAUUCUUUUCUCUAUGUUGAGAUGGGAAAAUGGAGGCUCAGAGAGGUUAAUUACUUUCCUGGUGUAACACAGCCAUUAACUCAAGCCCCUUGUCCUCUGCAGCACAUUUUGAUAUCUAUCCUUGAAGGCCUUUCAUGAAAAAUCUAGGGUGCCAAGUACUCAAGAAAGGCCUGGCGGUUCACAUGGAAGUUCCUGGAUCAGAAGUGGGUGCAAGGGCAGUGUGGGAGCUCUAAAAUGAGGGGUUAGGAGGUGGGUGAACAGUGGAGGAACUGAAGGGACAGUGUGGAUCAUUCUGACAGUUGUUAUUCCAUGGAAGAAGGAGAGAAGCCCUGCAGAUACUUUGAAUAUAGAGAAUUGGUAGCAUUGGUCUGGCAGGGGAUGGCUGUCACACUGUACAAGACCUGGAAAUUGGCAUGCCGCACGACGUACCCAGAGGGGGGACCCCCAUCUCCCUCAGCAUACCUUCUGUUGUGAUGAUGCCUGGUUAGGAGCCCCAGUUCGUAGGCAAUAUAAUUUAGGGAGCUUGUGAGACCUGUUUCCAUUUUAAUUGGACUUGGCCCUUUGUGGUAAUAGUCACCCAAUCUCUGGCUUUAAAUAUUCUUUUCUUAUGCUUUGCCAGUUUAUGGCCUUUGUAGAUCAAUCCUUGGAUUCCAUUUAGAGGAGAGAGAGGGAGGAAAAAACCAGCAAAGGUUAGUGAUUACCUAAAUUGGAUUAAGUUCUGUCUCGCAGCGUUUAAAGAAAUGCUGCUUGCUCUCUAAUUACCGUCAACUAGGAAUUUAAACGGUCUAUUAAAUUUAAGCUGACUUUUUUUUUUUUUUUAAUCCAGGAUAGUUCUAGUUCUAACAUAUUCCGGGAUUUUGGAAGCUUUUUUUUAUAUUCUUUAAGUGUGGAGAGGGCGUUCUCUUGUUCCCCACCUUUUGAAAAUAUUACAUUUCUGUAGCAGGAUAAUGAAUGAUGUUAUUAUAUACCUGCUUCAUUGAGAAGCACACUCACAGCCAGGUUCAUCCAGCUUUGUCAGACUCUGGAAAGCAAGCCAGUGGGAUGAAUUCUUUGUCAGAAAUUUAGGGGCGCCUGGGUGGCUCAGGUCCGACUUCGGCUCAGGUCAUGAUCUCACGGUUCGUGAGUUCGAGGCGCACAUCAGGCUCUGUGCUGACAGCUUGGAGCCUGGAGCCUGCUUCAGAUUCUGUCUCAAUCUCUCCGCACUGUCCCCCUCAAAUAUAAAAAAUAAAACAUAAGAAGUUUCUUUUAAAAUAAAAAAAAAGAAAUUUAGGGACACCUAUGUGAAGGAUGGGGUAUGGCUUCCUCCUUUAUCUCUGUAGUGAAAGAAUAGGCCUAUGAUGCAAAUCAGCCACCUUUACUCUGCUUGAGCUUUGAAUAGAAAAUAUGAGUUAUUCUUUGUCGGAGUGGGUGGUGGGUAUGCUCUGGGGCUGAGACUAGGUAGGCAUCAAGGCUGCAACCUUGAAGGGCAUGACCCCGAGAGACAGGGCCUUACUUGCCUCCUCCUCUCGUGGGCCCUGGUGUGCUUAUGAUGAACUGCACCCAGAGGGUUUCAGUGAGUGGUAGAAUUCACCAAAAGAUCUCUCCUUCUUUUGACCAUGGCCUAUGGGAAGAUAGGGUCAACCCCUAAACAACCUAUCGUAAGUAUUUGUACGAUUGAUUUUGUGUAUAAUUGUACAUUACCUAAAAGCAUGGAUUUACCUCUCUAGGCUUUCAUUCUUGUUCCCUCUCCUCAAUUUUGGGGUACAAAUAGAUGAUUUUUCGAAUGCAUUCAUCAGUGUUCUGGUUUCGCUUUAGCUCGUUGCCAAAUGGCAGCAACAUCUCCAGUUUCCCGCUUCUCUUUACCUGUUACAGAACUUUGUCCAGCUUGGCUCGUUCCUUUUGAUGCACGCUGAGUUCAGUGUCUUGUUGAAGGCGUCUGUGACUGCGGUUACGUUUUUAGUAAACGCUAGGAUGAAGGAACCGCUUUGGGCUCCCUCGUUCAGGAACUAGAGUAUAUAUAUGUCAGCUUGAGCUGAGCCCGGGAGGGCACCUGAAGGAAGCAUUUGUUUUUGUCUUCUUCCCAGGGACUGGGGGCCAGAGUCCAGCAAGCGCUGGGAUGUGUGUGUAUGUUGUUCUGAACUAAGCUGCCUCAGACCCUGUCGCAACCUGCUCGUGACCUCAGCCGCGUAAAUCCUCCCUGGAAACCCAUUCACGCUUGCUGUUUAAUUCCAAAUACUCCUUUGGAACUGGUUUACCUUAAUCCCCCAGACGUCUUUGGGGGAGAUCACGUCAACCGUGCCAUCAUUUUGGGGAAUUCUGCCCAGUGUGCCAGCUGCUGGAGUCCACCACUGUGGGGGUGUAUGGCCCCUUUCGCUGUAAAGUAUCUGGAGGCAAAAUUAGUGGGUGAGCAAGGUGAUCCCUUGUGGCGUUCUGAGAAAAUGAAAAAAAAGAAAAUUCUUGCCAGCGGAACAAUUGAUUCCUUUCAAGAUACCUCGAAAGGUGUCGGUGUCAACUUUGAAGAGCGGGGAGCUGGUGAAAGAGUCCCCGCAUUGGGGCUAGCUGGCAUCUUGGAGACAACGCAGGUCAAGGAACUGAGAUCUGAAUCCUGAUCUCCAUUCUGCCAGGGGCAAGCUGUACGAGUCACUCGAUUGCUCUGGGUGUCAGUUUUCCUAGCUACAAAAUAAUGGGAUUGGCCUACUGCUGGUCUGUUAAAAUUUAAAAAUUGGGAGACUUGACAUCUAAACUCAGGUUUCCAGCUUUAAAAAAAAAAAGUUGGGGGGGGGGACUGGAUUCUCUAACGCGGUGGCAUUCCCUGCCUUGGCCCCACUGAGAAUCGAGUUUACUGUGCUGGCUUCAGGCCUUCCUGUCUUUGUUUUUAAUCGUGACCAACUUAUUAUUCUCUCUCUUCUUGUUUCUUUAUUAUUGGUAAGACUAUAUCUGGCUUGCCUUUGUGUUCGGGAUAGUAGGUGCUCAUGAAAUAUUUGUUGAAAUGUGUGGGUUUUUUUCAUUCCUGUCCUUGUCUGUCACAAAUGAAAAAGGAUACUCAAGCUUGGGAAGUGCUUACCUAUGAAAGCUUGUGUUUCCUUCCCCAGAUUUCCUUUCUAGGCUCCAGUGUCCAUGUUCUUUAGAGGAAGAAAAUGGAGAGCCUUAUUUUUCAGUUGACCGCAUAUUAGCCUUGCCUUGUAAACUGGAAAAGGCGAGCUAACCUUUCCGCCUCAAUCUUGUCUCAACUGCCGUUCUUCCCUCAUAGUCGUCAGCUUGCAUGUAUAAUGUUAACUUCUGAGUGUUUACAAUGAGCCCCUGAGCCCCACAGAAGCACGUAUUUUAUUCUUCUUUACCCUCUAUGCUUCCUCUUCUCAGAUCCUGGCACACACCCAGACCUCCUAAUGUUUGGUUGUUGAAUGAAAUGGAGUUGACCUCAUGAGCUCCGUGAAGUGAUCAGAUCCCGAGAGCCUCUUCGGUUUUCUGAGUCUCUGUGCAGUGCUCUUUACACCUGGCUACGUGUCAUGAAGAGAAGUUUCCUUUCCCUUGAUCCCGUUUUCUUAUGAAAAAGCAUUUCAUCCAUGGGAGGGUGAAGCUCCUUUUGAACAAACGGCACAAGUUAAUCUGGAGCACGCUUCCCCACACGGAGAGCUCUUGUCUGCCGGGCAGUAGCUUUUGUCCGCUGUGUCCCCCACCAGGGUUUUAGAGGGUACGUGUCAGAAAUGCGAUUGCUCACGUAAUGGUCAGUCUCAGCCACUGCUUGUGUCUAGACUUUUCAGUUUAUCAUCUGGUAGGCCCUGUGGAAUCGUUCUGGAUGGCAUUUAUGGGCCACACCCUAACAAUUUGCACUCCAAGAAACUUAAUGCUUAAAGUGGGGCUUAGAGAUGAGUAACUGAGAUGUGUUGCUCUUCCCCACAGUUUUGCUUGAGUUGUACCAGAGGAGGGGAUUUUUCUGGUGAUUACAUAGUGGUUUGCAGGCCAGGCUGAUGGUGAUGAUCUGAUGAAUAAUUACUGCUAGCUGCAUCUGAAUCGUCAGUGCUUUGAGUCGUGUGGGCACUAAGAAAACUUUGCUAAGCAAAGAUAAGGGCUUGAGCUUGCAUCCUGUUUGCGCUAAUAUUUACUGUUGCCUAAGUUCAGAUUCUCAAGACUCUGUGUCUGCAUUGGCGUCCAGUGUGAGCACUGAGAAAGUGGUCUCAUUCUUCCUGUGGAGCCUUUUGCAUAGUCCACACUUGACCCUUGACAUCUUCUUGCUUGUGGGAGUGUCUGUCCCUCCGCUGGCUUUUGUCUCCUAAGCGUUGUGAAGUUUGGUCCUUAAAACAAACGCUCUGUGCUAUGCAGCAGACACCUGUCCCCUGCCGUGUCUGUAGGCUCCACUGACCGACACACAGACCCAGGAUUCCUGGCCCACGCGGCCGAGGUCCACAUUCCUGUGGACAGUAAUACUUAGGUGGACUCCAGUUCAGUCAUCUGGGAAGGGAAUUUUUCUGGUUUCUGAAAAAUAGGAAGCCUGUUCUGCCCGGUGGCCUAGAAGCCACAUGUCGCUCCAUCAUUCAGAGAUGUGGUUGUGGUUGUUGUUUUAAUUUAUUUAUUUGGAGAGAGAAUCCCAGGCAGGCUCCAAGCAGUCAGCAAAGAGCCCAAUGUGGGGCUUGAUCCCACAAACCGUGAGACUAUGACCUGAGCCGAAAUCCAGAGUUGAAGGCUCACCUGACCGAGCCCCCCAGGGGCCCUGGAGAUGUUUACCUUGUAUGUGCCCGGCACUGUGCUUGCAGUGGGAUACAGCAGGGAGGAAGAGAGGCAGGUCUUGGGCUUUGAGGAACUUACAUGCCAUCGGGGCUAGUCAGUGAACAAGUAAACAAACACGAUGACCUCACAAGCUGGUAAGGGCCUGAGAAACAAAAGCCUCAUCCUGUGAGAGACUGAGUGUUCCUCAUGCCCGGGCCCGGCAAGAAGCUGUUGAUGAAGGGAAGCCGUGGGUGACGGUCACCUCUUACCUCUGCGUGUGGCAGACGUGAGUGUUGCUUAAAACAGGCGGUGUAGGAGGUCAGGCCCUGGAAUCAGGUAGGAUCUGACUCUUGGUCCCUCUUCCUCCUCUUCUGAAUUUGGACAAGUUAACCCCUGUGCUUCAGUUUCUUCAUCUGCGAAAUGGGAUGAAUUAAACCUACCUUGUUACUUUCAAGUGGAGAUGAACCGAGAUGCUAGAUGCAGAUAGGGGGUUGAUACCAUCCCGGUCAUCCUGGCCAUGAUGAAAAGUAGUGUAUUCCUUUUUUUUUUUUUUUUUUUUUUUUAUUUAUUUUGAGAGAGAAAGGAAGAAAGAGAGAGAGAGAGUGCACGAGCAGAGGAGGGGCAGAGAGAGAGGGAGAGAGAAUCCCAAGCAGACUCCACACUUUUCGACACAGAGCCCAAUGCGGGGCUUGAACCCACAAACCGUGAGAUCGUGACGUGAGCCGAAAUCAAGAGUUGGGACGCUCAACCAACUGAGCCAUCUGGGCUCCCCAGGAGUAUAUGCUUUUCAGGAAAAUUUUAACAAAAUAGUCACGGUAGGCAAUUUGCAAAAUGGUCUCAGUAUUCUUGAAUACCUACUUCUGACUCAGUUUCCAUCUGGUGAGCUGGGGUGGGGUGUGUGGGGUUCAGAUCUAGUUUCCUGGGCUGGCUUGGGGGCUUCUGUUUGCUGUGUGUUUCUUCUAGAAAUAUCCCAAGCCAGCGAGCUGUUGGCUUGCCCUGUUUGAAGAGUGCAUAUGGAUAUGUCUAUACUACAGGAAUGCUUGUGGUUCCAGAACGGAAUCAGUGAUGGGGUAGGACUGAGAGAAGACAGUUGAUGAGGUAAGAGGCUGGUCAACUAGAUGACGUGGUAGGUGGGAGCUGAAACACCAGAGGAGGCCAGUUCUGGGUUUGUGCUGUAUCAGGGGGUCAUCCGCUGCCACGUCUCUCAGAGGCUCUCAGUUCUGUAGGGCAAUGAGGGGAGGGACUGAACAUAGAGCUGGCGAUGCUGAGGUAAUCAUGGCCACUAGCUAAGCCAGACUCUUUAUUUUUCUUUAAUGUUUAUUUUUUGAGAGAGCGAGCAUAAGCAGAGGAGGGGCAGAGAGAGAGGGGGACAGAGGAUCUGAAGCGUGCUCUGUGCUGACAGGCUGACAUCAGAGAGCCUGACGUGGAGCUCAAACUCACGAACCGUGAGAUCAUGACCCGAGCUGAAGUCCGAUGCUCAACCAACUGAGCCACCCAGGUGCCCCAGGCCAGACUCUUAAUCAACUGAUAAGCCAGCAGACCUCAGGAAGACCACUUGUGUGCCCAAGCCCAUAGUGACUGGUUUGUGAGGGCUUAUGUUAUACCUGACUUAGGCCCUGGGGAAGGGGUGUGAGAAGGCUGGUGGUCAUAGUUGUGAGGGAGAAAAUAAAGGUCCCAAACCUAUAUGUUAGUCCCCUAAAGUGCUAGUGGGCUUGGUGAGUUCAUUGCUAACACUUAUAAAUCACAUGGUUUAGCAUUUUAAAAAAUCUGGGUUUUUGGCAUCUCUGGGAAAAUUCAGAUCCGGCAAAACUGAACUUGUGCCCCGAGGUGGCAAAAACCAGAUUGGAUUGAGUAGUGACUGCCUCCUUUAGCCUGGGCAGAUCCUGCCCACUCUCUGUGAUGUUCCACAAAGUAUGGCAAGUAUGUGGCAUAUCAUGCAGAAAGGAAAGAAAUCAGUCUUCCUUUUGUUUGCUUUUUUCCCCAGGGUUUGUUUUUCUGGCCCAUGUGUCCCUGUAUAUAUACAAGGCAACUCCUGUUGUAGAAUAAGUGCUAAAGAAAUAAAUUUGCGGGGGUGCCUGGGUGGCUCAGUCGGUUACUGAUCCUUCAGAUCUUCUGUCUCCCUCUCUCUCUGUCUCUCCCCUGCUUGCACACGCGUGCUCUCUCUCCCUCUGUCUCUCUCAAGAAUAAAUAAACAUUAAAGAAUGGUUAUGAUGGUAAAUUUUUAAAAAAGAAAUAAAUUUAUGUCGAAUGAAUGAAUGAACGAACGAACUAUAAUUGAUAGAGCAUCGCAUUUGGGAUCAGAGCCAAGUUCAAAUCCUCACUUCUUCCGAGCAGCUGAGGGACUUUGAACAAAUCAAUAACCGUUUUUUGCCUUUCUUUUGAGGGGCUGGGGGAAGGCAUCACUGUUGUUUUUAGUUAUUUCUUUGAAUAAGUCGUACGUGUUCACGUUUCAAAAUUCAAAGGCACAAACAGGUUUAUGGAGAAAAAUCUCCCUACUGUGUCCCUGUCACCCAGCUCUUUUCCUUGGGGGAAACAGGUGUUCUCAGUUUCUGGUUUGCCCCUUCCAGAGAUUCUUUAUGCCGUGCAAUGAGAUUUGUAAAUGCUCUUUUUUUGUCUGUUUUACCUAGAUCGUAGCAUACUGCACGUGCGGUUCUAUGUUUAGCACACUUUCCUUCGGAUUGGAGAGCACGCCAGUCAGUACACAGAGCCCUCCCCUUCUUUCCUAGAGCUGCACGGGCUUCCAGAGUGUGAGAUACUCAAGUUCACCUAGUCGGUCCUCUGUGGCUGGGCAUUUCGGUUAUUUGCAACCUGUUGCUGUUGUAAAGGAGGCCGUAGUAAAAACCCUGCUUAUGUAAGUCGCUGGAGGUCAGAGGGCACAGCCUUUGUCACUGUGGCAGAUCUUGUCACAUUUCCAUCCACAGCAGCUGCCCCGAACUGCUCUGCUUCCAGUAAUGUGUGAGAGUGCCUGUCGCCCAACACCCUAGUCCUCUGUCACCUCUUCGAAACGGCGAGCGUUUCGUGAAGAACACAGAGUGUUACAAAAAUAUUGACACUAGCUAUAGUUUGAGGGGGCCCCUUCACGGGCCCAGCUAUGCUCUAGAUUAUCUCGUGUAGAUGCAUACCCCACUCAUUUGAAGAUAAGGCAACUUGGGAGUCAUUGACUCGGGUCACCCAGCUAAUAAACUGUAGAUGCUGGAUUCCAGGCCGGGCUUGUCAGAUUGCAGUACCAGGAUGUUUUCGUAUGGGAAAGCUUUAUGUAAUUUUAGGUGCUGGAAUUCUCAGCUGACACAUGCAUAAAGUUCCUGUGUCUCCCGGUAGUACCUCUCAUGUGGCUGGUUCAUUUGCUCAUUCAUCAAGUGUCUGAAGCAUUCCUGUACUGUAAUAAGCACCCGAGAACAAGGUAGACAUAGUCCCUGCCUUUAUGGACCUCACAAAAAUAAGAAAUAAUUCUGUAGUCAUUUAUAGGAUGCCAAGACAACAAAGGGGGUGAGGAGGGUGUUCACUGGGGUCUCCUAAUCAGGAGAAAAAAUCAGGGGAAAGAGAGCUCUGUGAGCAAGUGCUUAUCAAGAUAAGUGAUAAAGGGUCUGUGGGUUUGAGCCUGGAGAAGUGGAUGGAAAGUAUUUCACACAGAGGGCAUGGUAUGUGCAAAGGUCCUGGGGCAGGGAAGAACUGGUGGUGUUGGAAGAAAUGAAGGAAGAUCAGUGAGCUGGCAUGCAGAGUAGCAGGUGGUUGGUGAAGGUAGGAGGAUGGGGUAUUUAUUCUAAGAGCUGCGGGGAGCCUUUGAAGGCAUUGAAGUAACAUGAGCACCAAGGGCCUUGGGCUGUGGGGUUCUUGUCAUGGACAGUAUGACCUUAGACAAGGUCAACAUUGGGCACAUCCAUUUUCUUCUCUGUAAGGUGAGGAUGGUCACAGCACACAGGGGUUUUCAAACAUUUUGAGUGUUACAUUCAUACAUAUGAAAUGUGCAAUUCACUUAGACUCUGUACACAUGGGCAUGUGUGUCAUAUACACGUGUCCCCAAAAUGUGAGUCACGCUGAUAUUUUCUAUCCUAGUCUGUUAAAGGUUUUGGCUAAGACCCCUACAAUCCUUUUAGAAACACUGAGAUAAUAUAUGUCAAGUGCAUGCUUCACAGCUGGCACUCAGUAAACUGUGCUCUCACUCAUCACUCAUCAUGAUGCUGGUUGCGGUUAGAGAACACAUCGGUCACGUUAAGGGACAGUAUCCAAAUCCUGACCGAUGCUGAAGGACAUUGGCUCUUCAUCUCUGUGUUCAGGCCACAGGGAAAGGAGUCGCACCCAGGGCCUCCUGGCUGCAGGAACUGCUGAGGGGAACGUGGAAAUUGUACCAUCUGUACAGUUUCCCUGGGAACUAGCUUCUCCUUGUUUUCUGGGCGGUCACAUCCGACUCCGUUUUCUUUGACUUCUUUGUUAUUUACACUCAGAAUGGCUUUUUCCUGGAAGCCUCAGAGUCAUUAUAAGCCACUCACUUCUUUAUUUUAAGUUGUGCCAUGGUUCUCCUUCCCUUUUCAGAGUUAAGGGUUGGAGCCUGAGUGGAAUUUAUUUGCAUUUUCCACCAAGUGUACUGCCUUCUUCUGCCCGCGGGGCUGGUUUGCGGGGCUGUGCCCCACUCCCCGUGCCCUGGCCGCUGGGAGAAGAAAGAGAGGCACAUUUUUUUUUUUUCUCCAAGAAACAUAUUCUGGAUCCUGUGUGUGGCAGUUUUCAAAGAAAUCCCUGUGCGGUGAGCCUGGGAGAGUAAGGCCAGUGAUAAUACCCAAUAACCCUGUAACCACCACAGCCCUUCCUGUGUCCAGGACCCCGGCUUUCCAGAUCGCUGAAUGUAAGCACCCAAAGCUGCACCAUUUAAAUCAUUUUAGAUGCACAUUUCUCUACAUGUUAACUGCAUUGGCCCUUCACAGGAGAAUAUCCACCAAAACACUGGUUUCUUUAACUCAGAGACAUUAGGCCAAGAACUUUUUGUGAUGAUGACGGUGGUGGCUGAGUCGUGUUCCUCCCACUACCUUAGAAUGUGACUGUAUUUGGAGAUGGGGCCUUCAAAGAGGUGAUGAAGUUAAAGGGAGCCUGUCAGGUGGGCCCUAAUCCAGUCUGACUGGUGUCCUUGUAAAAGGACGCGUGGACACACAGCAAGAGAUGCGUGUCCACAGAAGAAAGGCCAUGUGAGGACACAGCGAGAAAGUGGCCACCUGCAAGUCAAGGAGAGGCCUCAGGAGAAACCAAACCUGCUGACAUCUUGAUCUUGAGCUUCUCGCUUCUGGAACUGUGACAAAAUCCAUUUCUGGUGUUGACAGCAUGCGGUCUGUGGUCUUUGGUUACGGUGGCCUGAGCAGACUGAUACAGUGGUGGUGGUGGUGGUGAUAGGAAUAAACAACAGGUAGUAUUUAUCCAGCACUUACUGUAUACCGGGACCGUUUUAAGCCUUGCUUGAGUCAUCUCAUUCAACCCUCAGACCAAGCCUAAGUCACCUGCCCAGGUCACACCAUAAGUGGUGGCACUCAGCCCGGCUCUGGCAGCUGUGCUCAGAACCUCCACUGUACCUGUGUCGUGCCCAGUAGUUCCCGGAUCCCUGCCAGGCACUUCCUAAAUCAUCUUUCUCAACACCGCAACGCUCCAAGGUCACACUUCCUGUUCCCUUUCUUUCCGAUGUAGAGACUGCAGUUCAGAGUGGCCCAGGGCCACACAGUGAGUGUAUUUAUUUCUUGUGGCUGCAAUAAGACAUGACCACAAUCUUGGUGGCUUAAAACAACAAAAAUUUAUUCUGUUGUAAUUUUGGAUGUCAGAAGGCCAGAAUCAAGGUGUCACGGGGCCAUACUGCCUCCAGAGGCACGAUGGGAGAAUCUACUUCUUUCUUCUAGCUGCUUCUCAUGGCUGCUGGCAUUCCUUGGCUUGCAACAGCAUCCCUCCAGGGUCUGCCUCUGUCUUCACAUCACCUCCUCCUGUGGAUCUGUGUCUCCUCUUCUGUCCCCAGUCUCCUUCUGCAUCCAUCUUAUAAGGAGACAUGUGAUUAUAUUUAUGGCCCCCCUGGAUAAUCCAGGAUGAGCUCCAUAUCUCAAGAUCUUUCACUUAAUUACAUCAUUUGCCACCUAACAUAAUAUCUACAGGUUCUGGGGACUAGAAAGUGAGUAUACCUUUGGGACACCAGUGUUUCUGCCUCUCACAGUCAGUGAGCAGCAGAAUGAACAUUGGUGCCAGGGCUUGCCUGAUUCCCAAGCCACCCAUCCUUCGGAGCUACAGGCAAGAGACCUCUCAAGUCCCUUUCUGCAGUGCUAUUUCUGGCUGCCGUGGCAUUGGGUGUAAGAGGCAGGAUCCCUGAGACUGGCAGAUAUGCUCAUUCUUUGCAGUAAUAAAAAAACUGGAGGCUACCAAAAUACCCAUCCAUAGGGGACUGGUUAAAUCAAAUAUGGUGUCCCCUAAAUGGAAUAAAGAAACCAUUAUAAAGAAUGAAAUAGAUCAAUCCAUGGUGCUGUGGGAAGGUAGCCAUGAUGUGUUAAAAGGAAAGAACAAAUUACCCAUUUUAAUUGAAAUACCGUGUGUACACAUCUAUAUGGCCUUAAAAAUCACAUUAAGACAAAAUAAAAUGAAAGUUUGCUUCCUCAGCCACACUAGCCACAUUUUAAGUGCUCGAUAGCCACGUGGCUGCCACAAGUAGCCACCACGUUGGACAGCACAGAUAUAGAACAUUUCUGUCAUCUUAGAAAGUUCUGGGCAGAGAGCUUCUCCACAUUCAGUGGCCAGAGCGAGAAGCCUUUCUCACUUUGUAUGUUACAGGUAUACAUGUGUGUACCUUUGUCGUGAUAAAUAAGGAGGUGUGCUAUUAUGAGAAAAAUAGGAACACAUGGGGUUUCCAAGGAAACAUUCUUUCUUAAGCAGGUGGUAGUGUAUUAUUGUUUACGAUACAUGCAAUUGAUUUUUUCUUUUUUAAUUAGGCUUCUUGCCCAGCGGGCAGCCCCACACGGGGCUUGAACUCAUGACCCUGAGAUCAAGACCUGAGCUGAGAUCACCUGAGAUCCUCAACUAACUGAGCCACCCAGGUGUGGGCUAAGUUUGUGGUUUUAAGAAAGCCUGAGGGCCGGAAGGCAGCCCCGGAAGAAGCCCCUGCCCGUGGGCCGCUGGAACCUUGUGGUACAGAGGAGAAGCCGUCCCCUCCCCCGGACUUAUGACCCGUGGCUUCGCGCCCAGUGUGCCCACCGCGUUCCACGAGAUGGGCUCCUUCCGCAGGCCCCGGCCACGCUUCAUGAGCUCCCCGGUGCUCAGCGAUCUGCCCCGCUUCCAAGCCACACGGCAGGCCCUGCAGCUGAGCUCCAGCUCGGCCUGGAACAGUGUGCAGACUGCCGUGAUCAAUGUCUUCAAAGGGGGUGGCUUGCAAAGCAACGAACUCUAUGCACUGAACGAAAACAUCAGGAGGCUGCUGAAGAGUGAACUUGGAUCAUUCAUUACAGACUAUUUCCAGAAUCAGCUUCUUGCCAAAGGCCUGUUGUUUGUGGAGGAGAAGAUUAAGCUGUGUGAAGGUGAAAAUCGCAUUGAGGUUCUGGCUGAAGUGUGGGACCACUUCUUCACUGAGACUCUCCCCACCCUGCAGGCAAUAUUUUAUCCAGUUCAGGGCCAGGAGCUGACCAUCCGCCAGAUCUCUCUGCUGGGCUUCCGCGACCUGGUCCUGCUGAAGGUGAAGCCGGGCGACUUGCUGCUGUCCCGGUCCCAGCCGCCCUCAUCCAUUGUCCAGAUGUUGCUCGUCCUGCAGAGUGUUCACGAGCCCACAGGCCCAAGUGAGGGUUAUUUGCAGCUGGAGGAACUGGUGAAGCAAGUGGUGUCUCCGUUCCUCGGCAUCAGUGAGGACCGCGGUGUCUCGGGUCCCGCGUUUAUGUUGGCGAGACGCCACUCCAGGGUCCGGCCCAAGGUGGCUGUCCUGAACUACGCCUCCCCAACGACCACCAUCAGCCGGCCGCCGAAUGAGACGGCUCUGACCCCUCUGACGGAGCAAGAGGGGGAGGCCUACCUGGAGAAGUGUGGCAGCGUCCGAAGGCACACGGUGGCCAACGCCCACUCAGACAUCCAGCUGCUGGCCAUGGCCACCAUGAUGCACUCAGGCUUAGGCGAGGAGCCUGGCGGUGAGGACAAGUGCCUGCUCCUGCCGCCCAGCUUCUCCCCACCCCACCGACAGUGCUCCAGUGAGCCCAACAUCACCGACAGCCCUGAUGAGCUGGAGGAGGUGACAGGGGGCAGCCAGGGGGACUCUGAGCUGAACUGUGCUUCCCUCGGCUGAAUGCCCGCCUCUGGGACUUCCCAGCUCCGGCUUGGUCACCAACACGAGGACCGCCCCAUCCCCAGGGGCUCACCAAGGGGCUCUUCCUGCGGGUGACGCUGCCCGUGUCAGGCCUAGCCCAAGUGCCCUAGUGGAAAUCCCGGGUGUGAACCUCUUUGUUUUUGUGACUGUGACCAUCUCUUUACAGCCACACAGACCCAACUGCCUAAUGUUCCCUUUCUGCUUGCCUGACUCCAGACCCCCCUCUCUGGGCUUUUCUCCCAGAUAGCGGACUGUCCGACACUCCCAAUGAUGCGGCCCAGGGCCCCCCUGGCGUUAUGAUAGCAGGACGUCGGCUGAGCCACACACAAAGCCAGCGAGGAUGCGUCGGCCUCUGGAGUUCCCCGUUAGGUUCUUGUGAUGCGGGGCUCACAGGUGAGAACAGGUAGUGGAGGGGUGUUCUUCCCGCCUAUUCUGUGGGGAGUGGAAGGAGGCAGCAGCCCGGCCAAGCACGACUCUGGGAGUGUACUUUCCUUAUUUUAGUUUCACAAUUACUGGAAAGAGUUGCCCCCCUCACGCGGGUGAGGGCCAUUCUCACCCGUAUCCAGAUCCUACCUGCCACCUUUGCCUUUUGGCCCAGGAGGGCUACGGGGCUGGGGAAGUCCCCUCUUUGACAAAGCCUCAGCAUUUCCCUCUCAGGCCUCCCCACCAAGCUCAAGGAACUAACCUCCUUGGUGGAGUAGCUGGUGCCUUCAUUCCUCUUUCAUUUCAGACACUGACCAUUUUCCUGUUGUGGGUGAGGGGCCAGCUGAUAACCAACCAAUUAGUCUGUUCCUGGAUUUGACUUGAAUUUUGUAAAUGUGCAUCGUUUCAAAAGGAAGUGUUUGCAAAUAUUUGCACGUAGGAUCUUGCACUGCUCAUUUCCAGUGGGGUGUGUCCUCAAACUAGAAAAUAGCCCCCCUAGGAAAGGAGCCUGGAAGUUGUUCAGGGCGCAGGGGAUCCGUGGUGGGCAGGGCUCAUCAGCUGCUGAGUGCCGGAAGCCACUGGACUUGAAUCCAGAACGGCCUGUGUCUGUGAGUGUCACGGUCGACAGCACUGAGGCUGGGAGCCUCACUUUGCCUCGUGAGCAGAGGGUGGCAGCAAAUGGAAUGUCUCAAUGCUUCACCAUAGAGGGAGAUGGGGGAAAUGUGGGCAGGACCUUUUGGAGAGAUGUUCAUUCCCUGUGAUUAAAGAAAUGCCAGAAGUGCCUGGAAUUUCUAACAUCUGAGCUCUCAAAAUGCUAUUUGGGGCAGCAGGCUUUGAUACUGUGCUGAAUCCUUAACACUGCUCCCCCAGGUCUGGGCUUUUGAUCCACCUAGAACCCCUGUUCUUCUCUUUGUAUCUGCCUGUUGGCCUCACUGAUAACACAUCCAGAAAAGCGAGAAGGAUCCCCCGAACCCUUCUGGCACCUUUUAGGUGUGCUGUUGGUCUUUGGAAACUGUUUAUAAAAUCUCAGAGACAGGAGCCAGCUUGGCCUCCAAUAUGGCAGGAGGAGGCUGGGAGAGGACAAGGACAGUGUAAGCUGCCAGCAGGGGAAGAGGCCUUCUAAGCACAUUGAAGCCUUGAUGGCACAUCCCUUCUGGGUGAAGAUCUGGAACGUGACCAGAGUCAUGCUUUCUUGAUGGCUUCUGAUUUGGAAACUUUAAGAAGUUGUCUCAUUUUUAUUCUUCUAAGAGAGGGUGGAAGAGAAGUGUCCAAAGGAGGUCUUCUGAGAAUUUCAAACAAAAAAAUUAUCUCUGUGUAUGUGUUGGAUAAAGUCCACAAAUUGACUAACGUGCGUUAGCAAAUAGAACGUCAGUAAGUAACAACAUGAUGAUUUAUUUAACUGAUGGUGUGUGUCCUUACUGGUACACUUGGCACUUGGGACUAGUAUUUAUUGAUCCAGGCAAGGUAAUUAAUCAGGCUUGGGUUUGCUUUUUAGUUUACAACGUUCAAGGUCUAUAUGCUUUUAAAUGCCUUGUCCGUAUACUAAAUGCCCCUGAUGAGGACAGCAGUCAUCGGUUAAACAUGUUAGCUCUUAGGAUGAGAAUGGGAGUGUCAGUCCAGACCCACUGUACUUUCUUGCUGAUGACUAUUAGCCAGUUUACAACUUCACCUUUGAUGUACCUGCCUGAUCUCGUACUGUAAAUAUUUCAGACUACACACGCCAUUUUGUUGAUGCUUAUGGGCAUUUUAGCCAUCUGAGCUACGGCAAGAGUGAUGGCUGCAGUGUUUGCAACCACUUUUUUGCCCCUUUAGAAGAUGAAGCUAGAAUCUUCCAGUGGCUGAGUUCUAAUGACAGGAAGCUAACACGACUCGGAGCUCUGAGUGAGCUCACAAACCAAAAACCUUUCAUGUUGCCUGUUUCCAAAAUAGAUUCAAUAAACGUCAUUUUGUACACGUC